GACAUGACAUUUCAGAGGAGCUCGUGCUGCUAGACGACAGCAGCCAGAUUUAAGUGUUGAAAAGCCAAAAGCUGAUCCACCUGAAGUCAAAAUGAACAGAAGAAAGCUGGGAUCUAGUCGGAAAAAUAAAGGAAAGAGACAGGCGAAAGGCUCAGAAACCGAGCCAUACCUCGAAGUUAGAGAGGAUGUUGAAGACACCGAGGAUAUUAAAACUCUAGAAACAGCAGAAGCAACACAACCUGACAUUCAGGAAGAAUUAACUCGGGGAAGUGAGCAAAGAAUGUCUACAAUGCACAGCAGCUUCUUGUUUUCAGACACUUCAGCUGAGAACUCUGAGGUUGAGAUCCCCACCAUCAGCCUGCAGAAUGACAUAGAAACUUCAGUGUCCCAGACUGGUUAUCUGCAGUCUGUUGGCGAGUUAGACCAGGAAAGCACUGGAAAACCGGACUUUUUUGAAAAUGAAGAAAUCAAAUUUAAUGCACAUGUCAGCCAGUCAACCAGUGACAGUGAAUCUGCUUGUGUUUUAGAUGAAGAGCUAAAAAACAAACAAGCUGCACAUUGUAACAUGUAUUCUGUGCCAGAAUCAGAGAGCAAUGAAAGCAGUGACAUAGACUUGUUGAGGCAAGAUGGAAGUACACAAGGAAAUCACUUCAUGAGUGAGUCAGAUGUUAACUCAGUACUUAUAUGCACUGUCAAACCAGAUAUGAACACACAUAAAGUCAGCUCCACAGCAAAUGACAAACGGUGUUCAACAGGGGAACAUUUGGAGGGAGACGUGAGACCUAACGAUGAUGUUGAGGUCAGCAGCACAGAAGACAUCAAAACUGCUGUUGUAAACAUGUAUCAGUUUAGAAGUCAUGUGGAGGAUGAUGUGAAUCACAGGCAGACCCUCCAUCAAGAGGAGGUGUUUGACGGGGAGAAAAUAGAAUUAUCUAUGCAUGCCCUUCCGUCAGAAAUAAAUGACCCUGUCGACUCUCAACCUCAGGACUGUUCUUUGAGUGUGAAUGAACAAGCCAGCUCAGACUUUGGCUACUUUGGAAGCCAUAGAAGUAAAGGAAGACGAAUUGAAGAGCAUGAAGUGGAUAUUUUACAAAAUGCCAAAGAUGUUAAAGCUCUUGAAACAAUCAACAUGUCAGUGGAAAGUAGUGCAACAAGUCAGAUAAGCUUAUACCAAAACGAAGAGCAUGAUGUUGACUUUUCACGAGAGAGCGCCAUGUUUUCAACAUCUGCAAGUGGUCCUUUUUCUGAAAAGUCCACCACAGCGAUGUAUCCUGAAACUGACCCCGACAAGAGUCCAAAAAGUGAAACCCUGCCAGGAGAUCAGGAUGAAAGAGAGACCAAUGUUAAUGUUGAAGUGUCCAGUGAAGCAGCGGAAUGCAAGCAGCAGGAGGUGGAUGAAUGUGACUUUCCUCAUGGUGAAGAAACCAACAGUGCUCUUCUCUCAGCAAGGGGAAUACAGGGAGAUAAGGUUCGUCCAACACAAGUGCAAGAAAUUCUCCAAACUGAUUAUACUUUUGAGACCAUGACAGGGAAUCCAGAAAUAAUUGCUGAAAACCUGAUUAGCCAAGCUGCAAGAGACAACAUGUACACGUCUGAGCUCACAGAGAAAAGUACAGAUGAUUCUGCUGUCAAACUUUCAGCUGGUGUUAGCAAACAAAGUGAUUUAAUUAAAACUGAGAGAAACUUAGAGACUGUUGACAUGAGGGAAGAGGAUUAUCGCCAGGUUGGUUCCCCGCAAACAUGGACCAGUAAUACAGAAAGCACAACAGGACUUAGGGAGAUAAAUGAGGAUGAAAGCAAAGCAGAGGAUUAUGUAACACUCUGUCCUGAACAAAGUGUUAAUCACGAUGACAGCAGUGACCGAUUAAAAGCUGAGAACAAUCAUUUCUCACGGGAAACUCUCCUGUCAGAAAUAAAUUCUCCUUCUGAUCUCGAACAUGCGGACCGUUCUGUUAGCACGGCUGAACAAACUGACUCUGGCUUUGGCCACAUUGGGAACAGAAGAAAGCUCGGCUCAAGUCGUAGAAAUAAGGGAAAGCUGAAAUUUAAAGAAUCUAAACUGGAAGUUUUAGAAAGAAAUAGUGAUGAAAAAGACCCAGAAACAACAGAAAUACUGCUGGAGACAAAGAUAACAAAUCAGGACAAAUUAAGUCAAGACACAGAGCAUGGUCUUAAUUUGCCUGUGUCACAUGACAACUCAAUGCUACCAUCAUCUGUUUCUGCGGGAUCCUCUGAAGUAGAGAGCUGUACGCCCAAAAUAUACUUUGAGAAUGAUCAGAAAAAGGUAUUUCCUCAAACUGAAAGUUUUCCAGAAGAGCAAGAGGAUGAGAGAGAGACAGAUGUUAAUGUUGAAGUGUCAGAUGAAGCAGUGGAAGCUGAGCAGUGUGAAGUGGAUGAAUGCGACAUUCUCCGCAUUGGAUCUUCUAAAGAUGCUAGUGAUGCUGUCAUUUCUGCCAACCCACUUGACCACGCUGAAAUCCUUAGCGCUCACCAGACUGAAUUCACAGUUGAAGAUAAUGACAAUCCUGCUACCAAGCAGGAAGUUCCUGCAGAAAGACUAGAUGAGCAUGCAAUACAUAGUUUAGAGUUUGUACACCUGAAAAAUGAGGAUUACACUUUUCGGGCUACCAAUCAACCAUACAUUAGUCACCCAGGAAGUAUCGUCUCUGCUCCUGGUCAGGCUCAUGAGUUAAAGGGCCAAGAAGAGGAUGACAUAAAAUCAAUUACUGAUCAGGAAAAGGAAAACUCUCUUUCUCAGACAGAGGAGCUUAAACCUGUUGGAUCACCGUUUGAAACUGGAGCGAUUGUUUCCUUCGACUACCAGCAUCAGGAAAGUUCUGGAAGUGUAGAAAACACAGGCUUCCACCAGACUGGCCACAGAAGAAAAAUGGGAUCUAGCCGUAGAAAUAAAGGACAACAUAAGGCCAAAGACUCAGCUCCCAUAACAUACCUUCAAACUAUGAAGGAAGCUGAUGGCAAGGCAAGCAGUAAUCAGUCUAGUGAAGACUCAACACCAGUGACAGAGAGCCAGGAAAAAUUCAUGGAAAUCAUACUGGAAGGGGAAAAAAUGAAUAUUCCUCAAACAGAGGAAGAGAAUAUACACUUUGGCUCUCUUGUUUGCGCUCCAGAGUUAACUGCUGCUGGCGUACAUUCAACCUCCACAGUAGAUCAAAAGGUAAUUGGAAAUUCAUGCAACAGACAGAUGCCUGAUGAGGAACUUCCCAACGGGUCUUCGCCAGCAAAGGCAGAGAGCAUGGAAAGACAUGAAUGUACAGAGCCGUCAACGCAAGAUGGAAAUUUGCAAGAGCACUCUGAGAUUGAACCUCAUCUGUUUCCAAUCAUACCAGAGAUACAGGCGGAUCCUGGACAAAACCUCGAGAAACUGUCACCAGAAGAGGAGGCUCCUGUAAAAGAGGAAGAAUUAAUCGGUGUGGGUGUGGCUCAGAACUCAGGGGCGGCUGCUGAAAAAGAGCUUGAACAGGACAUUGAGUCAGUACAAGCACGUAACAUGUCUCAGAAUGAUUACACAACUGAAACAGAGGGAGAUGAGGCCACAGUCAAUACUGUGAACAUAUCCAGAAACCUGGUUGAACAAACUGAAAUUGGGGAAGCUAGCCAGUCUGAGCCUUCAGUGACAGGCGCUGAUCAUCCUAAUACAAAGAUGGAUGACAUAGAAAGAGAAGAGACUGCACUUGGACAUCAUCAGUGUGAGAUUGAAAGCCAACUGAAGGAUGCCAUGAAUCCCAAUGAGGUGGGAACAGGUCACCACAUCAGGCAAGGAGUCCUUUCUGAAAUAUGUGAUAGUACAUACUAUUUACAAAGUCCGCCAUGUGAAACGAAUGCUCCUCUGGACUCUCAGCUUCCGCAGAAUUUCAAUGCUGAAGGGAACAGUGGAGGUAUUGGGUCCAGCCAGGAAAAACCAGCAGAAAUUAAGUUGGAGGGAAUGAGCACAUCUGACACUCUUCCCAAUAAACAAAAUGAGUGUUUUGGAACUGCUUCUGGCCUCUCUGAUUUAACAACCAAAGACUUUACUGUGGAACAGCUAAUCAAGUCAAAUUUCAAGGAGCUCCCCGAAGAUGAACCUCCCACCGCCUCCACCACAACAGAGAAUAUGGACAGAGAAAUAUUAAGGCUAUGUGGAGAUGCACAUGGAACCAAUUCAUCAAGUGAAAAUUCAGACCUUUCCAUCAUACCAGAGACAACCACAGUAAAAAAUAGCACCAUGCUUAAGGUCAGUGUUGCUCAAGACACAAUUUCGUCACAAGAGUGUGUGCCCUCAAAUGGGGAAGAAGAAGAAAAUUUAAACCUAUCUGAAGCUGCAGGAGUUUUAUGUCCACAGGAUGUAGAGAGUAAAGAGCACGAAGAGCAGCUUAACUCAGCAGAUACACAAGAAAUGCCUCAAAUCAAUUACACUACAUGUACAGAGAACAAUCCUUCUCUUCAAACACACAAAUCUGAUUCAGAUCCUCCUGUGGACUCCAAACCUCUGGGCAAUUAUCAAAGUCUCACAGAUGAAACCCUGUCAGAACCCAAACCAGCAGUUAACAGAAGGAAAAUGGGGUCCAGCCGAAGGCAUAAGGGAAGGCAGCAGGGCAAAGACAAUGCUUGGGGAAACAGGGCCAUUGCAGCGUCAGAUAUUAAUCCAGAGUUUGACAAUGGAGAUUCUCUCAAAUCCGAUGAAGACCUCUGUGAGAAAUCCACAAAACACAUCAGCGAGCCUGAUAAUUCAUGUCAGCUUGCAGGACAUGACACAGUCAAAAAGCACUUGAUGCAAUCACCACGAGCCACUGUUUGGGAAGGUGACUCAGAUAUGCAGAGAGCCCUGUAUCAUGAUCACAUUAUCAACCCCCAGUCAGACACUGUGCCUGUUCCCCAUCAAGAAGAAGCCCAAACCACAAGAGCUUUGUCUCAUGACGGGGACUCGCAGCAGACAGAAACUGUUGAAUGUCUCACAGUGGAAGACUGCAGCACAGAGGUGGACAGCUCAAUGGAUGUAAAAGAAGAGCCAGCAGAGGAUGCCUCUUCCGAAAGAGAUUUUUCGACAACAAAAGAUGAACACAGCAGCCUGCUAGAAAAAUUUCCCUCGGAUGAGGGUGAAAAGUUGCAGGUGAAAUCCCAACAGAAGAGGAGAAAGAUGGGCUCUACUCGCAGGACUCCACUCCACAGGAGACAAGAGGAGGACAACAAAGAACAAACAGAUGAAAGUUCUGUAAGCACAGAGGAUGCUGGGAGGAAUCCUGACAAGAUGGAGGUGACGGUAGAGUCACUGUUAACUGCAGAUGUAGCACAGAGUGAAAAUGUCCAGAGUGGCGCAGAGCAACAAGAAACUGACCGAAACACAAGCAUUAGAUAUGAGGAGCACGAGAUUAAAAUCGACCCAGUUACUUUCAGUACGGGAGCUGAUGAAAAUGUUGAAGGGAAAAUAAUUGAUCAUGGAGCUGAAACAUCGCAACAAGAUGACUUUACAAGCAUCGAGGUGCACAAAGUUUCUGGAACAAAUAGUAGCCUAAUGAGUCAGUCAGUGCCUCAAAAUAGUGAGGCAAACAGCGGCAUGACAGCAGGGAGCUCAGCCUCUUUUUGUGAGGUUACACCGUGUACACAAAAUAAUGAGGAUAGGCCAGAAAGUGUGAAACUCGAGAAAGUCCAAGACGCGGAUGGGCAAAACCCAAUUCACCCUAGUGAAGGAUUUCAUCUUGAGAGGAAGAGCCCAAGUCCAAAUCUAAAUUCACCCAAUAGGAGGAGAAAAUUGGGAUCCACUCGAAAGAAUCUCAGCUCACGAACCAAAAGAGAAGACUUGCAUCAAAACCAGGAGCUGGAGAAUGAAGCGGCGGAGGCUGUAACAGAGACCGACCCCCGAAUGACAGGAAAAGAUCUCCAACCCCACGCAGAGCACCAAGCAGGUGACUCUGACCAAAGGAAAGAGAAAAUAAAUGAAACAGUGGAAAUUUGCCAUGUUAUGGAGUGCCUGGUAACACCUCAGUCCGAGCAAAAAGCUGAAGGUGUUUCUCAGAGCCAACCAACAGAAACGGAAAAUCAGCAGAGUCCCAGUGUCCUUCCGUCCAACCCUCCCACAAAUGAUCCGCAGUCAGAGUCGGCUUAUGGAGGGAGGAGAAAAAAGUUUGGAUCCAACCGGAAGUCGGGCACAGGCCUACGCAGCAGCCAUGCUGGAAGAGAGGCCAGAACAGGGGCAGAAAAUGAGAAGGAUGUGAAAGGAAUCACAGAGGAAGCUGCAGAGAAGGAACCUGACGACUGCAGGGAAGAAUCACCUGCUCUGGACAAAAUACAAGAGGUUGCUGAAAAUGACGAGAGGGCCUCGACCGACUUCAGCAUCUCAAGUCCCAAAGAGCUCUCAGAACGUGUGAGUGAGAGGACUUCCACCCAACCUGGAAUCAGCCUGACUCAUGGAAGUCAUCUUCCUUUCGCAGGUGGUUCCAGAGGGACGGACUUCGGGUCAAAGGGCUACAAUGUAGUGAUGAUAGGAGACAGCUAUGUGGGGAAAACCUCCUUUAUGAAAAGAGCCCAAAAUGGGAAGUUUUCAUUAGAUUUAUCUGCCUCUGUUGGCCUUGAUUCCUGCAUGUGGACUGUGGUAGUGGAGGGAAAACCGGUGGUGCUACAGUUAUGGGAUACAGCAGGUCAAGAAAGGUUUCGUAGCAUCACGCGGCAGAUUUUCCACAAAGCGCAGGCAUUUCUCUUGAUGUAUGAUAUUACCUGCACUCAGAGUUUCUCUGCAGUAAGCUACUGGGCAAACUCCAUUCAGGAGGGUGCUGCAGAUGAUGUGACAGUUUUACUUCUUGGGAACAAGAGUGAUCAUGAACAACGGCAGGUUAAAACUCAGCAGGGGGAGAUUCUUGCUAAGGAAUACAACUUUGAGUUUAUGGAGUGCAGCGCUGCCACUGGUGAAAAUGUUAUUGAGGCUUUGGAAACUGUAGCCAGGAUGUUGAGUCAAAGGCCUGACUCAACAGAGGAAGCCACAGCGUUGCACAGCCAGCCAGCGCCGAAAAAAAGGUCAACGUGUUGCUGAACAACAUUUCAGUUGACACCUUAACAUUCAUUCCAACAGGCUGUAUGUACUUAGGGUUGUUACAUUUGCAGACAUUUAAUUUCCUUUUCACACUAAGCUUCGGCUAUCUAUUGCUGUACCACAUCUGUUAAAUGGUGCUUGUUGUUUCAAGACAUUGACAGGUGAAAACAAAGCUUGUAAAUGUCCUUUUUAUAAAAAAUGUUUAAUCAUAUUCUAGCAAGUAAGGAGAUUACUUUUUUUCCAAAAAAUGGGUUGCUGUGUUUCCUUGCGAAACUUGGAAUUAUCCUCUUUACUUAAAUCUAACCUUUGAAAAGUUUCUAAAAUAUUUUUUCGAAUAUUACUUUUUUAAGCUGUAAUAGCAAAACAGACUGUAAGUUUUAAUCCGCAUGCACUUUCAGUUGAGAAAAACAUUCAUAUUAAGUUUUCUCAAAGUCAGUCUGUAGCUCUUUAAAGUUUGUUCUACAAGGUCUACACUUGGCAUGAUUUGUGUGGAUAAAUGUUUACAUGGUAUAUUCUGUCUGAGCAAAUGAACAUUUCAUGGUAAAAAACAUUUUUUUGGUAAUCUAUUGCAUAUGGGGUGGUCAGCAAUGUUUCUAUCUUGUUGUAGCUGUCCAGUACACGGUGUUGCUCUAUAAUAAAAUGAAUUGUUAUUUUGCGUUUGCUAUCUGUUUUAGAUAAAUAGAACCGCAGAGCUCCCUUGCAGUUGUCACAGCUGCCUGGUCGGUCAUAUAAUCAUAAAUACACUUCAUGCCUCUAUGAUUAAAUACAGUGCGAGUGUAAAUGUUUCAAUGCACUUUUUUAUUACUUGGUUGUGUAUUUCGCUAUAGUUUAUAUCCCCUGAGUACCUACACAGCACAUUGUGUUCCCAGAAACACAAUCAAACAAUAAAACUGUUUUGUCAUUUUGCAAGCUCAAUAAAUCUCCAUGACUACAAUUUGUCUGCUUGCUUACUUAAUUUGUGUCCUCAAGUGAGUUGUGUUUCUCCAGACUGACAAUGAAAACUGUGUUCCCAGUGGGACAACAAGUCCUUGAAUGGUAUGAAGAGCAUGUGAACAAUGGCGCCAGGGCAAUAUCUCUGCAAGAUCCCAAAACAAAUGCAGAGCGAGCAUCAUUAGAGAUCAUAGAUGAUUCAAUUCAAUUAAAAAAUACAUUAUUUAUCCCAGAGGAAAGUUAAAUGUUGAUGUAACUCAUUUAAUUAAGGAGGUAUUAUAGACUCUAAUGGCU